AUGCAGGCCCAGGUGCUGCCCCUCAUCCUCUGCUUAGCAGGUAAAAGGUCUCCGCCUCAGGAGGGCAGGUGGAUCCCAUUUGUGUUCGGGGUUCGGCAGAGGGGCGGAGAAGAAGGGCCGGGAAGCCGAUCACAGUAUAACAUCCACCCCAUUGCAGCCCUGAAGUGGAUAAACAACGGCAAGACCUUCCAGAGGAUUAAUGAGACGCUGAGCUGGUCAGACGCCCUGCGGCAUUGCCAGCUGCACCACACAGACCUGGCCGACCUGCAGAGCGUGGGCAGUGUGAACAGCUUAAGGACUCUCUACAGCCUCUCAAGCAGUAUCCACGCAUGGAUCGGCCUCUACUUUGAUGUGAACAUCAAUGGCCCUGUCUGGUCCAGCGGCUCUGCCUUCUCUCAGCCACAAUGGACUACCUCCAUGCCUGUCUUCAAGGAGGGCAUCUGUGGCACUCUGUCCGCCACCAUGAAUGUUAUCCCCACCCUGGGGGCUGCCUCAUGCACGGAGCAGAAACCUUUCAUCUGUUAUUUUGAUACUUCCGUGGGACACCGCCUUACCACGAAGCCCGCUCUCAGCCUGACCACCUCUCCAAAGGCAGCUGAGGUCCAGAUCAACGGAGAGACCUUCAUACGAUUUGAUAAAAAAAAGACAUGGAUGGAGGCGCUGCAGUACUGCCGCAGGCACUACACUGACCUGGCUGACCUGCAGAGGGUAACUGACGAUGCCGGCAAGGAGGCCUUGAGGUCUAUCACCACUGAGGACCAGGCCUGGAUUGGUCUCUAUUACAACGCAGCCUCUGCAUUGCCAAGCUGGUCCAGCGACCUGGGUGACAGCAUCCUUGAAUGGCUGCAGGUGCCCCAGAUGGGGGUAGGGCUGUGUGCGGCGCUUGGCAUCUAUGCUCGCUACCCACCCCGCGUUUAUGCAGAAGCCUGCUUUUUCCAGAGACCCUUCAUCUGCUUCCAUGAUGAGUCCAUUGGCCACCGGGCAUUGGCAGAGCUCCCUCUGCUCUUUCUCACUCACUCCUCAGAAGCGAUUAAAGAGACAACACCCAGGCCAAGUACACUGCCAUUUUCUGCUCUGUUUGGGUCGCCAUCGUCUGCGUCCUGGCGCUGCGGUGCAGCUCUUGCCGGGGUUGGGUGCAGCGACCCGGCACAAGCCCUGUCUCCUGCUGUAGGGUCGGGCACCAGUCCCACGGAUGCCUCCCAGGAGCCCGCUUCGGAGAUGCAGGCCCCGCAGCGACUCAGCAUGGAGCCCGCCGAGCCCAGCACCCCCACCGACUCCACUGCCCCAAGUCCUCUGGCCCUCGACCCCACUGGUACUGGGCCAGAUCCUGCCAUCCAGUCCCACGACCCGGGGCAACCCGGCCCUGCGCCCCCGGAGGACCUCUCUGAUCUCCAAGAAGGGACAGGGCCCCCUCUGGCCUCCACGUCCAGCCUGGCUGCAGUCCCUGUGCCCCCGGGGCCCCAGUUUACCCAGAGCACGCCAGGGACUACGCGAGAGGCGGCCUCGAGCCCCUUGCUCGAUUCAGCCCACAGAGCUUCCGCUACCCCGGCAGGCACACCCAGCGGGGCCGGCGGCUCCACGCCUCUGGAGGUGGAAGAGCAGACCUCGGAGGCUUCCAGUCCAGGGAGUCCUGCUGCGCACCAAGGGACAACCGCGAGCCCUGAGUGGGCAACAAGGAGCCGAGCGACUAGCCCGCAGCCCUCUGGGAGCAGGCCAGAGCCAGAAACAGGUGCCAACUCGAGACCCUGGCAGGUUCCUGCAGCCCAUCCCUCUUUGUGGGAAACCAAGGCUCAACUUCCAUGCCCAGGCCACAGGCAGCGGAGGUUGCGAACCCGGGUGUCCUGGGUUGUCCUUAGUCUCCUGUUCCUGGUUGCAUUCCAGUCCACUCUGCAGGGGAUCCUGUCCAGCCAGAGCCAGUUCACCUUCCAUUCUCCCUGGAGAAAGAGUAAAAAUGACCUGGCCUACCUCAUAGGGUUGUUGCAGGCACCCCGUGAGAUGAUUAUGCGAAGUUUCUUUUUUUUUUUUUUUUUCCUUUUUGAAAUCCUAAAUUACCAUAUUGCAUCUGAGUCAGGUACACUUCCUUUUUCAGGGCAACACUUUGGAGUCCUGAAAGCAGAUUUUAACGUCCCAGCUUUGAUUGACCCAGACGAGAUGAAAGACCGGUUUUUGAGUGAGAUCCAAGAAGCCUUAAAGCUUACCUUAGGUCAUCAGCAAUUUAGACUGAAAUGUAUUGGCAUCGAGGUAAACAAAAAAGAGAACUGAU